UCAUUCUAUUUAUUUCUAGCUCUCUGACUUUAUGAUCAUCAUCUUAAUUUAUUUUGUUUUCUUUGUCCAAAUCUACUUCUUAAUUAUUUCUGCUCUCGUAUUGAAAAUUCAAAAGUAUCUAGAAAUUACGAAAUAGACCACAUUAUUAUUAUUAUUAUUUCACUGCUGGAACUCCUCCAAAAAAAUUCGACCAAAAUGCACAAGACUACUUCAUUAUUAUUAUUGUCGUCGAUGCAGAGAAUCAAGUAUUGGCUAUCGGAGCACCCCAAAAUCGUCCGUUUCAGGUGGAGCCCCACCCAAUCGUGGGGCUCCACGUGGUCCUUCGUCUUCGGCGCAAUCGCCACCUACAUCGUCGCCGCCGUUACACUCAACCUCAUCCUGUCCGUCCUCCUCAGGCGCCGCCCUCGCCCCGUACCUCUCGGUCCAAUCCCAGCCGUCCACAGCCUUGCCAUGUCCUUAAUCUCCGCCAUCAUCUUCGUCGGAAUCGUACUCUCUGCCGCCGCCGAGAUCCGAGACACGCGGUGGUUGUGGCGCCGAACCAAGACCACCACCCCUCUCCAGUGGUUCCUCUGCUUCCCAAUAGGCACGCGACCUUCGGGGCGCGUGUUCUUCUGGUCGUACGUCUUCUACCUCUCUCGAUUCCUCCACCUGUUACGUACAUUCUUCACCAUCCUCCGCCACCGGAAGCUCAGCUCAUUCAACCUUGUCCACCAGUCGAUCCUCGUCCUGAUGUCGUUUCUGUGGCUCGAAUUCUCGCAGUCGUUUCAGGUGCUGGCCAUAAUUUUCACGACACUGGUUUACACUGUAGUAUACGGGUACCGUUUCUGGAUAUCGGUGGGGUUUCCCGGCGCGUGCUUCCCACUGGUAGUGAAUUGCCAGGUUCUGUUAUUGUGCUUCAAUCUGAUAUGCCAUAUCGGAGUACUUGUUCUCCAUUUCCUCAAAGGUGGAUGCAAUGGGAUUGGAGCUUGGGUCUGCAACUCGGUACUCAACGCUGUAAUCCUUGUACUGUUCUUGAAGUUCUACGUCCAAAAAAUGCACUUCAAAUCUACGGAGCUCCGGAAGGAGGUUUGGGACCCGGUUUUCGACGCUGCUUUAUUGGAACCAAAUAAAAAUAUUUAGAUAACCUGAUUAUAUGCAUGAUAAAUUAUAUAACAAUUAGGCAUUUUACCGCUGACUUUUGCUACCCUCUCACAUUAUUCAAAUGCUCCCUAAAAAUAACAAAAUUAGGAUUUCUUUUACCGCUAACUAUUACUUCUCUUAAGAUGAAUUUAACCUCAAUUUUUUUGUCCAUUAAAUAUCACAUACAUAAUAAAGUGAUGAUUUCAAGUUUA